UAACUCGCACAUUAAAUGAAAGUCUGUUUAUCCGGGCCGAGCAUCCCCGCCGGUGCUGGCGUGGGCGGGAGGGGCCAGAAGAGCUGCGGGGCCUCUUGUGGGGGGAGGGCGGUGAGCAGGGCUUGUCAGGGGUCUUCUCCCCACCGUGUGCGCCGCCCGGAGCCCGGAAUCCCGCGGUGGCCUCGCGGCGCGUUGGGUGAGGGGCGGCCCCGCCCUCCCGGUAGGGAGGUGGCGGCCCCACGCGCCCUGGGGGCGGGGCUUCUGGGGCGGUGCCUAGUCGGGCCCGCGCGGCCAUUGGCUGGGCCGCCGGCCCACCCGGCCUUAGUUUCCCGCGGGCUCCGGGGCCCGGGGGCGGCCCGGGGGCGGGGCCGGGCUCGGACUACGCAGGGCGGAGCCCCGGAGCGACGCGGCCGCCCCGCCCCGGCCCAUAACCGGCGCCGCCGCCGCCGCCACGACCGAGCGCAGGAGCUCGGACCCGAGGCCGCCGCCGGGCCCCCCACCCCGCCCGCCAUGGCCGCGCCCCGCGCUCUGGCGGCCGGCACGCCCGCGCCUGGGAAGGCCGCGCUCACGCACCCGGGGAAGGCGAUCCUGGCAGGCGGCCUGGCGGGUGGCAUCGAAAUCUGCAUCACCUUCCCCACCGAGUACGUGAAGACGCAGCUACAGCUGGACGAGCGCUCGCACCCGCCGCGCUACCGGGGCAUCGGGGACUGCGUGCGGCAGACGGUCCGCAACCAUGGCGUCCUGGGCCUGUACCGCGGCCUCAGCUCCCUGCUCUACGGCUCCAUUCCGAAGGCGGCCGUCAGGUUCGGGAUGUUCGAGUUUCUCAGCAACCACAUGCGGGACGCCCAGGGACGGCUGGACAGCACGCGCGGGCUGCUGUGCGGCCUGGGCGCUGGUGUGGCCGAGGCCGUGGUGGUCGUGUGCCCCAUGGAGACUAUCAAGGUGAAGUUCAUCCAUGACCAGACCUCCCCCAGCCCCAAAUACAGAGGAUUCUUCCAUGGGGUCAGGGAGAUCGUGCGGGAACAAGGGCUGAAGGGGACGUACCAGGGCCUCACGGCCACCGUGCUGAAGCAGGGAUCCAACCAGGCCAUUCGCUUCUUCGUCAUGACCUCCUUGCGCAACUGGUACCGAGGGGACAACCCCAACAAGCCCAUGAACCCUCUCAUCACUGGCGUGUUUGGAGCCAUCGCGGGCGCAGCUAGUGUCUUCGGGAACACUCCCCUGGACGUGAUCAAGACCCGGAUGCAGGGCCUGGAGGCACACAAGUACCGCAACACGUGGGACUGCGGCCUGCAGAUCCUGAGAAACGAGGGGCCCAAGGCGUUCUACAAGGGCACUGUCCCCCGCCUGGGCCGGGUGUGCCUGGAUGUGGCCAUCGUGUUCGUCAUCUAUGACGAGGUGGUGAAGCUGCUCAACAAAGUGUGGAAGACGGACUGAACCCUGGGGUCUGCGCAUGGGCUGCCCCCAGCGCCCCCUUUUCACAAUUCCAGUGCAGUUGUGCCAAAAGGCCCCCUUCCCCUGUCCUUCACAGUCCAUGGCCCAGGGCUGUCCCCUGUGGCCGUCAAGUCCAUGUGUCCCCUGUGGUCUGUAUGACACCACCAUGGUGUCCAUGUGUCCAGCUGAGACCGGGUGUUCCUCUGGCCUGUGAAUCUGUGCCCACUUGUCCACGUGCUUACUCGUGUGCCUGUGUUUCAUGUUUCGUGUCCUGUGACCCUGUGCCCCAGUUCCCGGGGUGCCCGUGUGGCCUGGGUCAUGGCCCUGUAGCCAUGGCCUGGUCCCAGCCCGGUGCCUUCCACCCUGGGCAGCAGGGGCAUCACCCCGGCCUACCACAGCUGCCUCCGGGCCUCAGCCUGGCCUCACUGCAUUCCAGGGGCUGCGUACCCCCCGCUUCUCCCGCCACUGGCCUUAACCAGCCCUUGGGCCCUCCCUCCGCCCAGGACAGGGUGGCACCUGCCACUCUCAGGACCACCCUUCCAAGGCAGAAUAAACUGGAUCCUGUUGCA